AUUUGAAUAGCCUACUACUAUAUAAACUCCCUUCAGCUUUCAUACUCAUACUCAUUUCAUACUCAUGCACCGAGGAGACAUUAACACGUUACCAUUUCAAAGUUCUGAGCGUUGCAUUUAUCUUGACCAGAAGAGAUACAUUUGUACUGCAGUGGAAACAAAAUAACAACUCAUGGAAAGCAUGACAUUUGACUCAAACGCUGUCACAGAGGAUUAUGAUUAUAGUACUGGUAUGGAUCCAGAUAUUGACAACACUGGAUUUUGUGACAAGACGACCGUCAGAACAUUCCGCCAGUACUAUGUCCCAGUCUUGUACUGGGUUGUCUGUAUUCUUGGGGCAUUUGGGAACUUGUUGGUGGUGGGAAUUUACUCCAAAUUCAGGAACAGAUUGAAGACUAUGACAGAUGUGUAUCUUUUAAACCUGGCAGUUGCAGAUCUGCUUUUCCUUUUCACUUUGCCUUUCUGGGCAGUCAGUGCAUCCGAAGGUUGGGUUUUUGGGUUGACCAUGUGCAAACUAGUAACUUCAAUAUACAAGAUCAAUUUCUUUAGCUGCAUGCUGUUGCUCACUUGCAUCAGUGUUGAUAGAUACAUUGCCAUUGUCCAAGCAACAAAGGCACAGAAGUUCAAAGUCAAACGACUUCUAUACAGCAAGUUGAUUUGUGGCUGUGUUUGGCUGCUUGCAGUAAUUUUGUCUUUGCCUGAGCUGAUUUUUGCUGAUCAAAAAACAGUUAAUAAACAGGAUACGUGUGAUAUGAUCUAUCCAAAUGAUGCAAGUAAAACCAUAAAAAUGUUUGUUUCUGCUAUUCAAGUUAGUGUAGGUUUUUGCCUACCUUUAGCUGUAAUGCUAGUCUGUUACUCAGUGAUAGUCAAGACCCUGCUGCAAGCAAAGAAUUCUCAAAAACACAAGGCACUGAAGGUUAUAAUUACAGUAGUAGCUGUUUUUGUCUUAUCCGAACUGCCCUACAAUGGCUUUUUAGUAGUAAGGACCAUAGAUGUAGCCAAUGCUACCAUUACUAACUGUGAAGUUGCUGUGAAGAUAGACAUUGCAGCCCAAGUAAUGCAGAGUUUAGCCUACAUGCACUGCUGCCUCAAUCCAUUCCUAUAUGCUUUUAUUGGGGUGCGCUUCAGAAAAGAUCUCAUCAAAAUUUGGAGGUCACUAGGCUUUGUUAAUUUGAAAAAGGUAAACAAAUUCCAAUCUGGUCCUAGUAGGUCAUCUGCAAUGUCUGAAACCGAAAUUACUGGGGCAUUGUCAUUGUAAACCAGUAUUUGGAGAGAACCUAUGGUGGUACACAUGCAGUUGAAUGAUAAGCUGACUUGUUGCCAUAGUCGGCUACAAAAAGGUUACCUGAUGUCUGUAUACAUAGACAAUGGCAAUAGUAUUAAUGCUGAUUCCCAGAUUAACUGGUCUGGAAUUGCAAGGGCUAUUCAUAUGUAAUCAUUUAUGAUCUUAGCUGUCAAUGUUAAAACUGGGUACAAAUCUCUUAACCCCUCAUUGAAAAUAAUAUAACAUCUUAGAAAAAGAUGUAAGUCUGUGUGGAGGCAAUCAUUUCUAUUUCAGCACCUUUGUCAUUAACAGAGUUGUUAUAAUGAGCAGCAUUAACUGAUAUUAUUUAUACAUAUUAUAUUAACAAUAUAUUUAGACAUGCAUUAAGGAAAUAAUGUCACAAUGAGUGUUUGCUGUCUAUCAUACUGUGCUAUCUGAUGUAACUUUCCACAGUAUUUUGCCAAUGUAUAUUACCCUUGUAAAGUUGUAUUGUACAGUUUUUGUUUUUAUUAACCCUUCAAUAUAAUUCAUUCUGUUACCUGUUUAUUUCUCAUUAUUGUGUAAGAGCCAUUUAUAAUUUAUGUUUUUUUGUGAACUGCUUUCCUGGAACCUGUUUAAACCAUGUCAUUGUUGUUUAGCUUUCAGAUGAAUAUCAGUGAACUUCCUAGCGAAAAUGCGUGUACAUAUUGUAGCAAU